ACACACGAUCCGAUACGUCGCAAUGUAUUUGAUCGCAUCACAAAGGAGUGCUUAGAAGUUGCGUCUGAUCAAAACAAUAUCAAUGGGAUAAUGAGCCGUAAAAGGCCUCAUCCAGAUGAAUUUAACAGCGACGAAGAUGAUAGUGGGAUAUUUUCUGAUCAAACGUCCAGGGAAAUUGUCGCAGAAGAAGAAGAUCCCGAGGCAAGUAUGAGCUUGAUUUGCUGAUCGUUCGAAAUGAUAUGCAUGUCGAGUGCUCUACAACAGACCCUACGUGGUUUGAAGACCUUAAAAAUAUAAUGAAUUCUGGCAGUUUUAAUUUGAGAAAUGUUAGCAUGCAUGUAGGCAAUUUUGGGGUCGGCCGGCCGUGGCUGUGGAUUAAAGACAAGGAUCCUCGCACUACGCCGGAUAUUGCUUUCUACUGUCAGAUCAUUUAAAUACGAUUGGAGUGCUACAACCAUCUCCAAAAAUGUUGAGACACUGCGGCUAAAAACUGGCCUUUUUUUACUUAAAUUGCUGUUUGUCACAAAUCUGUGAGAUAUAACACCCACCCCCUCCCUCCCCUCCGAUCAAAAUUGCUCCUCCAAGUUUAGAGCAUGGUCUUGUAUUACUAUCAACUUUGGCAAGGGGAGGGGGGAUCACAGGCACAACCACAAACUGUUUAUUCAAAUGUAAAAAUCCUACUAAACACAACCGAAAUAUGUCUCACCGAGGUUUGUUCAUUCCAGAAAGCCCUUAACGGGCUUUUUCAAAGGCUCUCAAAUGCUCCAACUGAACAGUGAAUACAGGAGCAAUAAUGGUGGACUUGAGAAAGCUGUGUUCACUUUUUCUUGCAUUUUAAUAAGUUAACCUGGUGUAUUUUUUUCCUUUCAUCAGGAUCUCUCAGUAUCUGGAAAAAUUGAACAUGUGACCUUGAUUAAUUUCCUUUGUCACUCUAACCUUCAUGUUCCCCUUGGACCAAAUGUUAACUUCAUCAUUGGAAGAAAUGGAAGUAAGUUAAAAGAUAAAUAUUUUUGUUUUUAUGAGGUGAAUACCAUAAAUCCUCUAUUGAGCCCUCUCUCCCAAUAAACCCCCUCUCUCUAUUAAGCGCCCCCCCUUUUCAGGGGAAGAAGAAAAAUAUGGUUUUAAUUGCAAAAUAUGUAUUUGACUGCUAUGAGAAAACAAGAUCAUUAGUUGUUUAGGUUAACAUUGAUUAUAGUUCCACUUGUGUGCAAUUUGUGUUAUAAUUUUAAAUUAUUUGGAUAAAGUCGAUAUACAUAGGACUGUAUAAGACUCCAAAUAAAACAUUGUCUUGUCUUGUCUUGUCUUGUUAAUGAGCCCCCCCCGCCCUUUCAAUUUUGGGCCAGUUCUGUUACAGGUCAAUUUUAAUUUCAGGUUACAUGUAAUUUUGAUUAAAGCCAGGUCGAUUCUCAAUUUUCUUUGUCUGCUAACCCUAAAAGACAUAGGAAGUUGAAAUUAACUUAGGUUACAAAAAAGUGUAAACCUGGAAUCAAAUUGACUGGUAGCAGUUCCAUAGAGUUCUAGCUAGUAUAGCCUGUUCACAUACCCUUUAGUAUUGUCAAGCAUGCUUAAGGAAAAACAAACCGUGGGAAAUUUAGUGACCGCUAGCACCGGCCUACAGACCUCAUGCUGUGUGCUCAUUCUUGGCUCCCUGUGUUCUCUUUGCAUUUGCUUUGCUCACCUGCUUUCACAGAUUGUGGGAAAAAUGUCUGUGGACAGGCUAUAGCUAUUACAAUGGUGGUGAACAAAACGCUGACCCCCAGUUCAUAGACUACCCAUAUGGAGUAUGCUGCUGAAGUUAAGUGAUUUGGGUUAGGAAUCCGAGUGAAUCAAGUUUCAGGUCAGUUUUAUCAGUAUGAUGACCCUAAAUAUAACCUGAUUUACUCAGUUUCCUAACCCAAAUCACUAAACUUUAUUAUGGCAUAGUCCAUUUUAGGGUAGUCCAUUGGGUAUUCCAUGGACUUGAGGUCAGUGUUUUGUCCACCACUUAUUAUAAAGGAAGAUCAUCUUGUCUUGCAGGCAAGAUGAUGGAAUUUUUUUUCUAACCCUGCCAAGAUCGUCAGUCAAUAUGCCCAACUGUUUUGGAGUAUCAGGCAGCGAAGAAAAAUAUGGUUUUAUCAAUUAAGUUGAUAAAAACAAUGUUUUGUGUUUGUCUCCCCAACUAAGGGACCACAGUUUUUUUUUUCAAAUUAAUCCCUUCAUUUAUUAGGCAACAUAAAAACAGAUGCCCUCUUCUUGUUAAUGAGGUGAAAGUGAUUAUUGAACAGGAUAAGUGUGAAUUGAAUGCAAUAUGCUUUUAUAUCUUAGCUUUGUAGGUGGCAAAAACAAGUGAUCAGGAUGAAAAUGUAUGCAGUGGGACUUAAAAGUUCAUGAUAUGUUGUGUUUUUUAGGUGGCAAGAGUGCCAUCAUGACAGGCAUCGUUGUGGCCUUGGGUGGCCGUGCUACUCAAACAAGCCGAGGAUUGAGCCUCAAGAAUUUUGUCAAGAAGGGAUGCAGGUGGGUACAUGGGUAGAUUUGAAGAUGAAAAAAAAAAAGAAUGAUACAGUUAAAACCCGUUUGUAAGAAUCAAUGGUUUUCUGCGAGCAGGAUCUUUUUCCUCUUUAAUACUGCAAAAUUUCAGACCUUGUUUUGCCAAGGAUGAUCAAGCAGGUUCUCAUGUGUGGUUUUAUAAUACAGAGCUAAAUUAUGACAAACAUUUCACCCGAGGACAGAGUUUGACAUUUGAGAUAACACUACAUGCUGUAAUUUGUUAGGCUUAUCAUUAAAUUAAGGACCAAACCCAAGUUUAUUUAUGUUUCUUGUACUCAACUACUAGAUCUCCUUCACAGAAAUUAAGAACCCACUUUGUAAUUAAAAACACACUUAGCCUAAAUUGACAAUACAGGUGUAAGUACCCCAAAAUGCAGAACCUCUUUUGCCAGACUUCAUAUAUGCAGCAACCCUCACUUUAGUGAGUGCUCCAAUAAAACACACAUCUCUCUCUCUCUCUUUUGAUUCUCAGUACGGCUGAAUAAUGUAUUUUGGUACAGUGAAACCUUAUAUUAAGCGGACGAAUGGUUCAGGUUGUUUUAAACAUUUCUUUCUGUAUAUUUGUAAAACAAACCUGUUUUGGGGGACACCUCUUAUAAAGCAGUCAUCAGCAACUUGUUGGUGACCCCUUAUAAAGGUUUCACGGUAUUCAGAACUCAACAAUUAAGGAAGCAACGUAAACACCAAGAACAAGAGGCUGAAAAGUUUUAGAGCUAAAAGUUUGUUAUAAAUGUGAAGCAAAUGUUAGUAAUUUCACUAUAGGCAGGUGGGAAAAUGGGUAGUGUAUAAACCCUUUUCAUGACAUCAUGUCCACGAAUUUGGCGUCCCUAAAAGGGCAGCCAUGUUGGCAUCCCAAACUCGUCCUGUGGUAGUUGAACUCUUUUCGUAUGACGUAAGUGCUUUCUUUCAUUGCAAUAAGUUUUCAUAGCAGUGUUAGUCAGGGACACGCAAAUAAAACACUCUACCAGUAAAAUGGGAACAGGAUAUAAAUUUUUCUGUAACCAAGGGGUCACAUUCUAACAACUAGCCCCCCGUUGUUCAAAUGAUAGAUAGUGCUAUCCACCAGAUAAAUCACUAUCCAGUCUACAGAUAAGUAUUAGGGUAGACCGUGAGCAGUUGUCCUUCUUUCUUCUGAGCCAUGUGCGGUGAGCGAAAGGUAACAUUGUACAAAUUAAUGGCAAAUUUGAGGAGAGAUUGGAGUGCAGAGAGGAAAGAAGAGGACUGCAGAGGUUUUACUGUAUUUUGAAUUACCGUUUCAGCAAAUAUAUGGAAAUUCUGAUUGGCUGCCUACUCAUCAAUCUGUCAACAAAAAAGUCUCAGUCUUGAGGGAGUCCACUUUCUGCGCAUCUAUAUUAGAUGCAGUUUCUUAUUUUUUCUUUGCUUGGGCUCCGCCCUCGUUUCUCACGGCUUAGCCACUCGCCCCUCACUCGUGCCCUUGUUUUCUUGUGCUUGCAUUCUACUGCACAUGUCUCAAAAGAAAAAUAACAGACUGCUCACAGUCUAGCAUUAGGGAGAUCAAUUGUGUUAUCCAGUGGAUAGAGAUUGAUCCAGUAGAUAGUGCUAUUCGCCUUUUGAAUAACUAUAGGGCCAGACUAAAUCUCUUCCCUGAAUUUAAUGAAAGUAAGACCAAAACUAACUUUAUUAAAUUGUGAAGGUGUAUGUAGCCUCUUGUUGUCUCUGCUAAUCAUUCCAGUUCAGGACAAGUCUCAGUCCAACUACGUAAUAAAGGGAGUGAUGCAUAUAAAAAAGCUGAGUAUGGUGAUUCCAUAAUUAUUGAAAGAAAGAUUACUGCAGAGGGUGGCUCUUCGUACAAGAUUAAGUCUACUGAAGGUACAGUUCUGUCCAGUCUAUUUCUGCCUUUAAGGAUUUGAUGUAUGUCAGCAGUAUCAAAGUUAAUUGACAGCUGUCAAAAUGGGCAUUCUUUGACCUGUAUCACAAAAUUGUAUCAUGGGCUCUGGUGUACUUGCAAUCAAAGUCACAUAUUUUUUGAAGCUAUCAACUGGCCAGUCUAUUGAUUGUUUGUUUGAUUUCAUUUGCGUCCAAUCUGUAUGGGCUUUACAGUGGCUUGUCUUUGGCAUACUAUUGUAAUCAUUACAGAUCUCCUGCUCAUAUUAAUUAUCUACUUACUUGAUGAAAAUAUUCUUGGGAUAAGUUUUUUGAAGCAUUUCAGAACUUUGUAUACUUUGUUUUUCCUGGCACACUGUCAACAAAUGCCACACUGACAAAUCUGGAAAUGGAGUCUCCAUGACUUCAUCAGUGUCAUAAAUUAUUGCAUUUAAUUCUCCCAUCUUGUACCCUUUACUCACACAAAGAACAAUAAUUACAAGGCAAUAAAGGAAGGACGUCAUAAUGUAUCGACUUAUAAAGUGUUCAACUGGUCUGUUGCUAAUUCUUAAUCGUCUCUUACAGGCAAAGUCAUCUCAGCAUCAAGAACAGAAGUUGAUUAUAUUGUGGAUCACUUCAACAUUCAAGUGAGAACAUGAUAGGUCAUGUGGACUUUGAAAUAUAAAGAAAUGUUCAAAGAAAAAGAACACUUUUGAUUGGCUAAUGAACCUUUAAUGUCCGUCUUGUUUGGUCUGACCUGUUGACAUCUUUUUGUCCAUUUCCAGUCCUGAAAGAUGGAGAUAUUAAUACUAACUUAGACAAUUCUACAAAUCUUAAGUACAAUCAUCAGCGAAAUGAUAUUGUUUGGCAUGUCACACUGAACAGGUCAUAAGAACAGGAGUUUUUUUAAUAAUAGACCAUUUUACAGUUGUGGACUUACUACCCUAGCCUUCGAGUGAAUGUGAGGCUGAGGUUGACCUUGCUUUAAUACAAACCUUCUUUGCUUUGUUAUGGAAAUUGUUCUUGGAAACUACAAGUUAGCAUAAGAAUAACUUGAUUUACGUAAUAAAGUAUGAAGGUUUGUAUCAAAACAAGGUCACCGUCAACCUCGCUUCCAUCCAUAACUGUAAAAUGGCCUAUUUUGUUACAAGAGUUUAUAAAAUUAGAGAGAGAUUUCCAAGCAAAAUUUUGUUGAAAAUGUAAAAAGUGGAAACUCUUUGUGUUAGUGAACUAUUCAAACAAAAACCUACAGUAACAAAACUGAAUGAAACCGAAAAGUCUUGGAAGAAAUUUAUAAAAACUUUUGGUUAGAAAGCUAGAAAACACAUACAGUUUGUUGAUAAUUGGCCUGAAUAUGUUUGACAAAUGAUGUGUAGAGAGUCAAAUACAACAACUACAAUAAGUGUCAAAACAGUUUCCCCUUGAUCUGAAAUAACACUGUGGGUAUUGAUUAUUUGGCUAGGAGACACUAUUCAAAAGUCUAUACUAGUAAAACUGUAUCUGUUACAUGCUUCCUCUUUAUUGAUAGUCAGGGGUAAAGUCUUUAAUUAAAUUUGUUUGAUUUUUUCCAGGUUGACAACCCUGUGUCCUUGUUAAACCAAGACACAAGUCGGCACCUAUUAAAUAGCAAUGACGCCUCUGAUCUAUAUAAGGUAUUACAUGUAUUUGUAGGGGUGGAUUCAGGGGGAGGGAAUAAGGGGUUGCAAGAUUUCCCUCUUUGGGAAGUUUUCUAACUUGUUUGACUACCAUACAAACAGACACUGUUUACAGGUAGCCAUUAUGACUCGAGGAUCGCGAGGUUAUCCGUAUAUUAAGAUCUCUCCUUACAGAUAACCCACCCAGCCCAGAAAAGGUUGGCCACACCACCUGCUAAGUCCCCUACUCUUUUCAAAUGGUAGGGUGGGUUCUUUUACGUCCCACAAGAACCAGAUAAGAGAGAUGGGACUUACAGUUUUUCAUCCUUAUCCAAGAAGACUGGAAUGUCUAACAGUUAGCAGAUGUCAUUACAAAGGCAGUACUUUAUUACUCAGUUUGUUAAAGACACUGAAGUUUUGGUCUGGCUGGGUUUGAACCCAUGAACUCGUGCUCAGCAGACCAGCACUCUCCCAAUAAUUAUUGAGCUAACCAGGCGGCAGUUUGUUACAUGAGUGUAUAGAAUGGGAGAGAAAUUUUCUAGAAAAUGUGUUUGAAAAAUAUCUAAAAUGAGAGAACUUCUUUGUGUUGGCAAACAAAAAAUGAUAAAAUGAGGCAGGUCAAAUAAUGGAAACCACUCUGGUAGUCAGCACAUCAGGAGUUUCCAAACAACAUUUUUUCUUGCACAUGCCUCACUUUACCAAACAUUCAUAGCCCUCUGGUCAUGGCCUGCACCCUAUAAGUGAUCACAAGAGCAGAAGCUGAAUGGUAUUUUUCACAGAUGAGACAAAUUAAGACCUGCUGUAGGUCAACAAUUUCUGAAGAAAAACUACUGAUAUUGCAGUGAUUGCCAUGCAUUACUCAGAGAUAUAAUUCUAGGUCACUAGACUAAAUAAUGCAAAACUUUUCUAAAGGCUCAAUAAAGAAGGCUCUUUGAAGGUACAAUGUCUGGCUAAAUAUGUGGAUUUGAAAAGUGACAAACAACCAUUGUUGUUACAUUCAAGUCUGUACCUCGAAUUUUUUCAAAAUUUAUUAAAAUUUCAAAUUUUGGCUAAAUUUGGCUAAUUGAAAUGUUGCUUUCUUGGAUUUGUGAAACAUCAGAUGAACUAAGUGUGGAGUGAUAUACAUGUAAUAAGCUAAUGAUAUAGUUUGGUGUUGUAGUUCUUCAUGAAGGCAACAAGCCUGGAACAGAUCAGUAGUGAUUAUUGGUCCGUUAUGGAAAACAAAGAUAUUGGCUUAGCAUUGCUACAGAAAAAAGAACAGGUAAAUGUAGUGAUUUCAUUAUUCUUGAUGCAAAGUCAUGUUUAAAGUUUCUUAAAAUAUAGCAAAUUCCAUGACAUAGAUAUAGACAUGGUGAAUAAUAUGGUAAAUAUGUUUAGCCAUACGGCUAGUUUACAGAUAUCCCCCAGGUAAAAUUUAGACAAAAAUCAAAAUAAAAAAUUUAAAAAAUUCGCAUUGCUAAUUGCUUAGAUUAUGAAUGUGUUAUGAUAUAAUUUAAAAUGCCUUAACCUGAAAUUAUGAUUUGAUGAGAAAAUUUAUAAAAGUCCUUAAAAUCUAAAACUUUAAACCACGAACCUUGCUAAUAAAUUCCUCAGUUCCAGCUAAAGCACAAAAAAUGACCCCUUUAAGUGUUUGAAGUCUGUUUACACCAGAACCUUGAACAUGCAGCCCAAUGCACCUUCUAGAUGAUUUGAGGUUUUUACUUUUUCUUUGUAUUUUUCAAGCAGGUUGAAUAAUUGUGACAGUAGCAAAUCACCAUUUACCUUAAUGAAAAGCUAAAGCGGUUGCAAAAUUCAAGAUCUUAUUUGCUUUGGGCUGCAUUAGCCACCAAAAUUAGGUACCUAAGGCAGUUUGGUUUUCAUAACUCUGGUUUACUGGUUGACCCACAACAACCCAAGCACAAGGUGCUUUUCCACUGCUUGAUGCUUGUUCAUACAAAAGCGCAUCCAAUUCUGUUCUCUAAAUUAAAAGUGAGUUACUUUUUGAAAGUCACGAACAUUUUAAAGUAAAAGUCAGUGCUAUAGAAGUCCUUGUUUCACAGAACAUUCUGGAUGUGCGGGCGGAGCUGCGUAGACGGGAAGCAAGAUUCAUCGCUGUGAAGCAAAUAAAAGAUGUCAAAGAGCAGAUUCAGGAACUAAAAGGAGAACGUGUCUGGGCCGAGGUUAUUGAAAACGAGAAGGUAUGUGACUGAGAUAGUUCUCCAAGACACAUAACAUUGGUGGCUUCCUUUGUUAUUAUCCUCACUACGUUUUGAAUGAAAGGAGAAAGGAAGGGGGAUUGACAGAACGUUUUUACUCUUAUGGUCAAGGGGUUGGACGCUUAUGUUCAUUUCAGCAAUUAAGAAACAAAGUCUCUCCUUUAUUGAUGAAGGAGCACUGACUUCUUGUCUUGGGCUUUCCACGACCACGAUGGGGGGGGGGAGAACUUCAGGUACUGGCUGUAGGGCUUGCACUUGUAUUUCUCUAGGAAUCUAUCUCUUCCUUGACUCCUGCUGUAGCCUGGUUUCCAUCUGCUGCGGUCUUCUGUGCAUACAUGAAAUUGGUCUUGUGUAGUACGUAUGAGGUCUCCACACUGGUUAACUGGAGGGUUGGCCAGUAAACUGAUCAGAUCACUCGUAGUACUUCAGUUUUCUCUGGACAGUCUUCAGGAGCAGUCAGGAGCCCAUUUCUUGAAAGUCCCGAUAAUUAACGGGCCCGUAAAGCUGUUGUUGUUUACAUGCAAGAUAGAGGUUUUUAAUAGUUUUGCAUCUAACAUGAUAAAACUAUCAGUUCAUGAAACAAAAUGGAAUAGUUUGCUGGCUAGAACCCAUGCUGUUAUUCUUUAUAUUUCGAUCUGAAUAUUUGAUUUUGGUCAGGAAAAGUUACCAGGACUUUUGAGAAACGAGCCCCAGGCUGUCUUGUGAGCUUCCUUUACAAUGGAUCGGAGGUUCCUUACAUAUUCAGAGAAUGCUUCUGGCUGAUUAGACUCACCACCAUACAUAACGUGCUAAGGUAAUCGUUCUUUGUGACCAAUCAAAAAGUAAUGCAUUGUGUAUUGGGUUCAGGAAUAACACUGGACUUGUAUGCUAUCGUAACCAAGGGCUGAUGAGCAUCCCAGUGAAGCUGGUGCUCUCUAAGACGUAUUUCACCAGCAUGUCCUGUGUGCUAUCACUUUCUGGGUGGUAUGGUGUUGUUCUGGUUUUUUGUUUUGAAGAGGGCACACAUCUACUGAAACAGCUGGGCUUUAAAUCUGCGACUAAACCUGCACAUUACCGUGUUCAUCAGGUGUGAAGUAGUCUCUACCAACCUGGAUGUACCUUUGACCAGACUUUGCAGUCUACAGGGGACCCAUGGUAUCCAGUGAAAUUGUCUUGAAUGGGUAACCUGGAGAGCUGUUGUUAAGGGGUGUUCUUCCUCACUGCUACAGGGACUUCCAACGUAAGUACUUUUCACACUGUUGCCACUAAUCUUAAACAUCAUGUUUCUGGCCAUACCAGUAAAAGCAUUCUUGUAAUGGCUCCAAGGUCUUGCUUACUGCAAGGUGACCAGGUGACAACACUUUGUGAAGGUUACUUUGAGUAACAUGGAUCUGGUAAUUGCUGACUGCAGUCGGGUCCCAUUCCCAACCUUGGUUUUCCAUUGGCAGUAAAGGACACCAUUAUCCAACUGUAAUCUGUCCCACUGCACCCAUAGGCACUUGGUUGCGUUACUGAUUCCUUGUCUCUCUUGUAAAGCGGGUUGCCUGGUUUUGUUUGACCUCCAAGCCAGAGUCUGCUUCAUGUCAGGAUCCACUGGUUUUGUGGACUCCGGAGUGGCCGUUAUCCAACUGGAUACCCACGUACAAGUAUGGCUGUCUACUUCGUUGGUCUGAACUGGUCAAUUUUCUUUCCAUCCUUUAGAGGGCGUUGUGAUGGUGCAUCAGCAUUCUGGUGCUUUCUUCCUGGUCGCCUGGUUGAUAUUCAAUCUUGUAAUCUUACUGGGCUAACAACUCUGGCCACCUGACCAUCUGUCCCUCUGGUUCUUUAAAGCUCGGGAGCCAUUUGAGUGUGUUUUGGUCCAUUCAUAAGCCUUUGGUAGGUGCUUGGCACGUUACAGAGACCAAAUACCAUCACCUGGAAUUCAAAGAGGUCAUGUUGAGUCAUGAACGAUGCGUCCAUCACUACCUGCCAAGAGCCGCUGGCCAGAUCUAUCAUGCUGAAGAAUUUUGCACCUGCUAGACUGCAUGUAAGGUAUCAUCUAUGCAUGGUAGUGGGUAGGCAUCCUUCCUGGUCACAUCUUUCAUUUUUGCAGUAGUCCACACAAAAACGAGUACCACCAUCUUUCCUCUUCUUGAGUAGAAUGAUUGGUGAGACCCACAGGCCAAUAGACGGACAAACAACCCCAUUCUGCAAGAUGCCCAACAUUUUGGAGUUGGGAACAGGACUUAACUUGAGAAAACAAGCCAUUGUCUCCAAGUGUAUCUCAUAACUGGCUCAAAGACUUGAGAUAAACUCAGUCAGAGACUCGUUUAUUUGGUAAAUCAAUUAGCAUAUUUACAUUACAAUUAUAUGUGAUUAGAUACAAGAGAAUAUAGUGGUUUCUUUUUAUAUGAAAGGUCUGGAAAACUACUUCAUUCUAAACAAAAUCGUAUCAGUAAAAUGGUGUAGUUUCUGCUUUAUUAGCACAUCUUAAUUUUUUUAGCUUUGCAUGAAGCAUGUUUUUGCUUGAUUUCUAACACAAUCAUGAUUAACCAAGUUUUGGUCAUGUACGAAAACCCAUUUAUCAACCAAGAAAUACCAUGGGAAACUGGUGUGGUGUGUGUGACCAGACUUUCCCGAGAUAAAUUUAACAUGGGAAAUAAUCAUAGAUACGUCAAAAAGAAGAAAGGAAUCACUCAUGACAUUUGAUGUGGUAAAUAGCUAAAGCCUUUCAAUGCCCCAAGCAUGAAACCAAUCAGGAUUCUUCAUUGGACACCAACAUGAAACCGCAAUAAAUUUUGUUUAUUUGAGCUGGUUUCUUACGUGUUGUUUCAGGAAAGAUCGAUGUUGACAUGGUAGAUUUUCAAUGAAACUAACAGGAAAAUUUUUCAAGGUUUUAACGCACGAUUUCAGCUGGUUUCUUGGGCCAGAUGUAGGAAAGGUAUUUACCAAAAAUGUGUUCUAAUCCUGACCAAUAUUCAAAAUAGGCUGGACUGUAAAAUUUGACUAAGGCCUAGAUUAAAAAAAGUGGUGUAUACCUCACUAAUUUAUCGGGACAACCACAGCAGAUGAAAUCUGUAAAUUUUCAACAUAACAUAACACGAAAUCCUGCCAUGGUCGACAGCUUAUUAUGGCUGCAAUAGCGCGAAUAAAUCUGUAAGAGUAGCUAAGUUACAUUGGUUAUUAAUUCAUGGGUAACCACAUGUUACCACGGUAAACUAAACCCACGUUAAAUUUACUGCGGCUUUUUUACUGUGGGAAAUGCCUUUUACUGUGGUGUGUGCAACCGCACCUAUAGAAGUAAAAAAGUCCAUUUCACAAUCCAUCGUCAACAUCAGUUAGAGGAAAUUGUAAACUGGAAACAUGGGUGAAAUAUUUCGGAACAGAUAUUUGAACGUUUGCAGUCUCUACUUUCUUCCAACUAGAACUAACAUGUCAUGUUUUUUUGAAGUAAGUAUCACACUUUGUUAACUUCACUACAAUUAUUUGCCAUGGAAACUUAACUAAGUGAAUUUGCUAUUUAUAGUGAAUUUAUAGUUAGGAUUUAGAGCAAAUGUUUUUUCUUUAUUACAGGCAGUCUCUAAACUGGCAACAUCUGUAGAGAAGGAUAAGUCUGAACUACCAAAAUUUGAUAAAGAGAUUCAGGAAAGUGAGGUAACAUUAUGACUUUUUUGACAAUAUUACUAAUAUACAUUCCCUGCAAAUUGACAAUUUGUAUGUUUUCUUUGAUAAUUCUGAGAAAUUCGUUUGUUGUUUACUCAGCUUUCAAUCCUUCACACUUAAACAAGGGCAAAAAACUAAAAAGUGAAACAUCUCUUUAAGACGGAUAGUCAGACUGUUGGAACUGUAACUAGAUGUCCAUCUUUGAGAGAAGCCCUCUUAUCCAUAGUCAUGGAAAAUACUAAAAAAUUACAGGCACCAACCAGUGGUGCCCAUUCCAGGAAGUUGUCUUUUUUUUGGUCUUGUUCGUAAUAAGAAAAAGGUCAGAUUUUUGCUUGUUUGUUGGCAUUAACAACAUGUCCAUUCACAAAGGCACUGGGAACGGUCACACAGCGGAGUUAGAUAAAGAUCAAAGUUUGCUAUGGCUAGUAUUACAUUGACGUUGGAGUUGUCGUAGCAAUAUAAUGAUGUCAUUGUCUGUUUUACCUUCAGGAGCAUUAGAGUUGUGAGUCUCAUAAGCUUUCUGCCUGAUCUUAAAUUAUUGGAACCUUUUUUAAUGGUGUCUUCUCUUUUUUACUUUUCUUGAAUCUUGCUUUUUCAAACUUUUUUUCGCAAAGUCUCUGAGUCUCGGAUUUUUGCGAUAACUACCCUUGAAAUUUUCUUCUGACCUGUAGCUUUUCUUAUUUCCAGGAAAAUAUUGACGAGGUUGACCAGCAAAUAAAAGCAAAAGAAAGUGAAAUAAAUACGUUAAAAGAUAAAGCAGCAAGUUUAAAGACAGAACAACAAGAAAUUGUUUUAGAGCUCCAGGAAAGGAAAAAGGCUGUUAAAGACAAACAGGUGGAUAUUAUAUUUGUCCACUGUGCAAUCACUAGAUCAAUAGGUAUACCCCCUCUCCUCCGUAAAUGAAAUCAUCCAAAUAUAUAUUCUUUUCCUAUCCGAAUCGUGCAGAACUGGAAUAUUCUACCAGGGACCUUGAGAUGCGAGAAUGGCAAUGGCAGGGAAAAUGUCGCUUAAAAAGUGAAUUCACCGUUUUUCAAUCUUCAUCAGGAUUUUUCCAACUGGCUUUGUCAAAUAAAUCCAUAAAACGUGAAAUUAGGCAUUUUCACAUCGUAGUCGUGCACAAAAAAGCAAGGAAAUGUACGAAACAGUGUCAUUCAAGUGCAAAGUUGUUGUUUUGCUUAUUAAACCUGUUGAUUUUUUGACGUUCUGGUUGCCGUCACCGUCGUCAGAUCUUAAGGUCCCUACUGCUGAGGACUGACUGGACCGUUUAAAGAGUGUACUAAAGCACUUUGCUAGUUUGAUUUAAUUGUCCGUCAAUAGUUUUGAGAAUCGUGGCAGCGUUGAUACACUCUCUUUAUUUACAGGCGAAUUAGGUUUUUUCUGAUGUGUUAAUUUUCUUUACCUUUCUUUUUCCGGUUUGUUUUAGUCCACUUUAAGGCAAUUGCAGCGAGACAUUCGGGAAGCAAAAAACGAGCAUUCUGUUCUUCAAAAAACGAUUGAGGACUUAAAAAGUUCUGAGUAAGUAUGUCAUAAAAAGAAAAAUUAAGUUUCAGUUAUUCAUUUCAUCUUCUAGUGGUAUCAAGCAGGCUAAUUACAUGGUCUUUGAUUUGUCACUUUGAGCGAUAGGCCUCUGGAAAGUGAAUGGUGCAAUACAAAGACCAAAUGGCAAAUUCCUGUUUGUUACAUGUCAGCCUUCCUUUACCACAGCAUGUACACAGGAUUAUCUUAUCAGGUUUAAAAGUUUACAGGCGCACUGUUUAGUGAUCAGUUUACCGGUUUAUUGUUGUUCCCUCAGGGAGAUGAAAAACAAGGAAGAGGAUCGGCAGCAAAGUCAGCAACUGUUGGAACAAAAAACUGAGGAACUGAAGGAGUAUCAAGAUGAAUUGGAGGAACUUAACAACCAAACUUAUACACUCCUUGAGGAGGAGAAGGGUUGCAAAGAACAAAUGGCGAAAGUGAGGUAAAACAGACUGACAGUCUUGUCAGGUCAAGGGUACCGUUAGAUUAUAUUAAUAAAUUGAUUAUUUGAAAAAUGAGUCUGUUAAUUGUUGCCGCAACCAGUAUCAAAUUCAAAUCUGGUUUACUGUAUGGGUAAUCAGCGGUGAAUUUUUACGAUAACUUCUCUGUAUUUGGUCAGAUUGAAAGGACCUUGAAUUGAUAAAAUUGCUUUGAAUACAUUCACUUAAAAAUUAAGAAAACUGAGCCGGUAGAAAUGUCAUAAGUACCUUGUGUGUUUUUACCGCUCAUUGCGGAUGCAGAAAUGCAUAGAUGAGUCUGAUAUCUACAACUACCAACGGAUUCAGCUUUCGAAUAAUAAAUAUGGUAUAUCACAUUAUGGGUGGUUCCAAUAUGUUCUUUAACCUCGGUUUCAAAACUUAGAGCAAUGUUUGUAGGGGAAAGAUGACAAAUUGAAGAAUCGAACAACGCAAUCCAAUAAGCUAAAAAGACGGUUUUCAUAUUACAGCUGACGUAAUAAUUUCUAAGGUUGAGUAGGAAAUUGCAACUUCAUGUGUGACACCCUUACUGUUUGUAUCUGUCACUGCUAUUGUCCUUCACAGUUACUGAUAGUUUUUUAAAAGAGACUGAUUUUUAUCUUUCAUUGCAUAUAGACAAGAUGAAGACAACAUACGGAAAAAAAUCAGAGAUAAGGAAAGACAGAUACAGCAAGUCAAGUAUAGAGCCAAUGAUCGACUUUUAAAAUUUGGUGCCUGGAUGCCAAAGUUAGUCAAUACAAUAAAGACUGCUGUUCGUGACGGGAGGUUCACCAAGCCACCCAGAGGUCCCAUAGGUGACAGAUACCUUUAUACUGUUAACAAAAUUCAGAUCCCUUGCUGUAUAACAGGCGUCACCAUUGUUAAAACAUUUGUUAAUUCCAUGCUUUCCCUCUCUUUCCUAAAUUAAACACAUUUACACCGUUGUCAUAUCUGAGGUACGGUAAAACGUGAUACAAAACGGGUGGAAUAAGGAUGAUACGCGUUGUUACCGCCCACGAAUCAAACCGAAUCAAAUCGGUUGUUACAGAUUGCGAAAAGUUGUUGCAGAAAGUAGUGAGUUGUUCUACUUUUUGCAACAAAAUCUGUACAUGUUGCACGUUUUACCGGCCCAUGGCAGACUUGCUUUGCAAUAAGCGACCAACAUUAGUGACUGACUUGUCUCCCGCUAAGUUUAUCCAAUACGAAGUCAGUAUUUACACAACUUGCAACAACCUGAUUUGCUGCAAGACGGGUUUGAAUGGGGUCACUAAUAUGCACUUCACUGCGUUUCAACUCUUUUUGAAGUAAUGUUGCGAAUCAAGUUAAACGCUUUUCUCGCCCGUUUUACCGUAGGUUUCCUUAGUUUAACAGUUUGGGAAGUUUGUUUUCAAGCUAAUUGAUAGGUGAAUUAGAGGUGCAAAAUCACUUGUCAGUAAGCUUAAGAUCCUUGCUUUGAUUUAUUAAGGAAUAUGCGUGUGUAUGUAGUGCGGGAGCCACUGAACGCUUAUAGAAGUGGAAUGAAAUGCUAUCUUAUCACAAAAUUAAGAAUGUUAUUGUAAAUGCAAACAUGUGUGCAGGAAUCGGGUUUCUUAGAAAAACCUUGUGAUGAUAGUUAUCAUGAUACAAUUUUUUGGUACCUAAACAUAGGGAUAAAUAGACCAACAACAUUUUCUGUUUUGCUAAUUGUCUUUUUAAAGGUUUUCAUGUCCAUUUGAAAGACCAAAAGUGGUCGUACGCAAUUGAAGUAUGUUUAAAACAUCUGGCCUAUGGAUUCUGUGUUACAAACUAUCAGGACAUGCAUACGAUGAAGAGUCUCAUUGCUCAGACCUGUCAAGCAUUCUUUCCUGUGGUACUGGUGUGCCCUUUUCAGGUGCGUGUAUUGCUCCAGUAUGUGUAAGUUAUGAAUUUACAUUUAUUUAUUAGGUACAUUAGGAAGCUGUAGCAACGGCGACGGUAAGGGCCACAAGAACGUUAAAAGAGCAAUAAUUUUAAUAAGGAAAACAACAAUUUCGCGCGUCACGUGCAGUGCGCUUUUUGGUUCUUUUCCUUGCUGCCCCUUCACGUCCAUGACAUCAGAUUAUCUUAUGCGACGUAUCCAUAUCUAGUCCCUUUUAUCUCUUGCUGUUAUGUAUUGACUUGAACUUUAAAAAAGUGUUGGAAUACUCUUUGUGAUUUAUUGCUUGGGUGACAAUUGUGAGAAUGCGGGGAGAGCGUAUUUUUGUCAGUUCAUCCGCCUUUUGUGUAAAGUUAGUUGGGCAAAGAGGGACUAUUUAUUCUGACUUUUUAUACUUUACAGGAGACUGUCUAUGACUUUUCAUCAUAUGUAAGUAUACGUAAAGCAGAUGGAGCGUAAGCAACUACGACGGCGACGGCAGGAAAAGCUUCACUUAAAAAGUGCAUUCGUGCUUUUUCAAAUUCCAUCUGUCUUAUUCCACCUCGUUCAAUUUGUCAAAUGCCGUCGAAUGUUUCUGGACUUAAAUUCUAGUAGACCACGUUCGAUAUAUUAAAAUUUUAACAUGACUCCGGGCUUUUCAGGUCAUUUUUUUUUUUUAUAUUUGGUUUGUUUUUCUUUGUGCUCAAGUCUCUUCUGGAAUUGCGAGAUAAUCGAGUCGUGAAAGCCUCGGAGUCAUGUUAGAAUUUUGAUAUAUCGCACGUGGGCUAUUCUGUAUGUAGUUUAGAAAAAUGAAGUUGUUGUCGGUUUUUGUGCAUUUCUUUGCCGUCGUCGCACGACCACAACUUAAAACUGCCUAAUUUCAUGUUUUCUGGAGAAUGUGAACACAGGACAACGAUUUUUUGUUUCUUUUUAGACCUACUCCGUCAGAAUUCCACUCCAGAAAAAUUCACCAACAUUCGAAAAAUUCAACGACAUGGAAUAAGAGCGAUAAAUUUUUAGUCAGUGGGAAUUCUCUUUUCUCGCAACUUCUUCGCCCUCGUCGUCUUCGUCGCUUUAGCUCCGUAGUAUUCACUGCUGUCGUGUGUCCUGUAAUGUUUUUACACCAGUCUACUUUGACGUCUCAGACGUUAAACGCGUCGUGUUGACUUUAACGUCUCUAGCAUAAAAACGCCCGUUAGACAGCUGCAAUAAAAUAAAUUCAAGGUUUUGAACUGCAGUACAGUGUUUGGUUUUGACUUGCCACGCGCUCGACGAAUAUGAUUUGAGUAGUCGAUGGUUAAAUGGUGUAGAAAAUGAUCUCAAGGGAAACAAAAAUUGUUUCGACUUUGCUGGAGAUUCGAGUUACCGGGGGUAACAUUGCUGUAAACGUGUGAGGGAAAUCUAGGAAAAAUCGAUUUUGGUUCGAGUUAGCGCGAGGUUCGAGUUUGCGAGGGUUUCGAGGUCCCGGUAGUCGACUGUAAUAAGGAUAAUAACUGUUUAUUCACAAAUCCAAAUCGAAAAAGUGAAAAGGAGAUAAGAGAGGUUAUCCCUUUCUAGUUUAUCUCCUGAUAAUAAAAUACAUUAAGAAAUAAAUUAUUUACAACUGUUUAAACUAGUAACUAUAUAUGUAUAUAAAACAUCACACAGUAAAAGAACUUAGUGUUCACUAGAAAAAUCUAUAAGAUAACGUCUCAGUCUGUUCUUGAAAAUAUUCAAAUUCUCCGCCUCAGCAACUUCCUUUGGGAGAUUGUUCCACUUAUCUAUUAUGCGUAUAAAAAAAGAAUGUUUAAAACUAUUUAAAGUUGCUGAUGUAAGCUUAAGUUUAAAACGAUGGUUGGCUCUUAAGGGCCGAAAAUCAUGUGCAAAUGUAAAAAAUGCCGAGGGAUCAAGUCCAUUAAGUCUAUGAAGACUGUACUAACAACGCUAUAGUUGUUACGACCAUCUCUGUGGCUGUCAACGACAACCUCAAAUCACUGCUACCUCCAUUUUGACCACUACCAACUUCAGUACAACCACUUCCUUUAUCAACGCGUAAACUUCUAAGUUAUAUUUAUACUUACCAGGGAAGAACAAACACCAAAGGGGCAUGAAUGGGUAAAAUUUGAGAGAUUCAAUAUGGAUGUCAUUCAAAACUAAUCGGCGAAAAAGUCUGCCCGACGUUUUCCAAAUUAGUUUGUUAUUUGUUUGAACGCCGAGUGCUACUUAAACCCCUGGGAAUCAUCCUUGUUUGUGAUAUGGACGAGAGUUGUAGAGUUUUCCUUUGUCAAUUGAAAGUUUACAAAUUGUAGUUGAGGACAAGAAACAAAAUCAUUUAAUACUGAACCUAAUCUCUGUAAUAGUUUACGCUAAAACCAUUGAUUUUGUCUUUUCGUUUUUGAAGAAACCAAACUGCCAGUUUCCAACUAUACUGGACCUGCUAGACAUUGAUGAUCCUGUGAUAGCAAACUGUUUAAUAGAUCAGGUAAUGAAUAUACAGCAAUAUAGCUAGCAUAGGUAUGUUGGCAUUAUAAGAAAUAUUUCUAAAAUUGGACUUGUAGUGGAGUUAAAUGAAUUUGCCCCACAACAGUUUUUAAGAACGUACACCCUUUUAAAAUUUGGGCUUUAGGAAUUCAUCUGGAUUGCUGUUCAUCUGCUCUUGCUUAUACAGUGGAAUCCUUCCUUUGGGACACCUGAAAUCAGGGGACACAAAAUUUGACCCCGAAAAACUGUUCUCAUAAUAUUUGUAUCUGUUACCUCUAUUAAAGGGACGCCUCUAUUCAGUGGAAAGGGAUUCUUUUUCUGGGUCCCGAAACCCAGAUUUAACCUCCAUUCAGGGAACAAUUUAGGACUUAUACACGAUUGACCACAAAAAGGGGUGAUAAGUCAAAGUGUACACUGAUCACAAUAAUGACGUCUUUCAUGAGAUGAGCAAUCUUACUUAAAUCAAUGUACUGCACUUGGGGCAUUCAACACACUAUAUCGCAGGGAAAAGUCAAUCACGACUUAAUACACUACUUGAAAUAAUGAUUGCAGUAGAUUCCGAAGAAGAAUAGAAAAAAAUAUUUUCUUUGUUGGUUAAUUAUUAACAAACCCCAGCCUAACCUCUAUUCAGGGGACACUUGCCUCGGUCCCAAGAGUGUCCCCAGAACAGUGGUUCCAUUGCAGCAAGGAAACGGUAGAAGGAAUGGCAAGACCGAUUAACGCUGCUAUGCAGGCAUACUAGUUUGUUGACUCGAUAAUUUCACUCUAAAUGAUUUUCGACCUAAACAGCUGAGUCACGGUCACACAAGAAAGUUGUGUCGUGCUACCAUCUUCAUUCUACCAAUCAAUCUGGUGUGUGAAUAUGUUAUUAUCUACAACCACGCGCUAAGAACCGUGAAAAAAAUCAUGAUUGCAGUUGUUAGCAAAAUUUAUCUUAUGAAACAUUGUGAUACUCUAAUUACUUUAACGGAGAAUUUGGGGCGGGGUUGGGAGGCAGACUGGUUAGUCCAAACCUCCCACUUCCCGUGCCCUGUAUUCCUGGCUCUCGCGCCUUUUUUGGCAUCCUCCCUUAAGCCCUUAUGUAAGGCAGCGAUAAUCAAAAUGAUUGUUACCUUAUUUUCCUCAAUUCCUUCAGCUUCCCACCCUUUUAUAAUCAUCACCUCCCGCCCUUUCCUCUCUCUCCCCCUGAACCUUCAGGCCACGUAUUCUCCUGGACUCCCAACCCCUUGUGCUCCCCUACAGGAUUGAAUCAGCGAUUACAUAUGCAGCAUCUUUUGAAAACUUGACCAAACACUCCCCACUCUCUCAUUCGUAGUUUCUUUUACUGUAUGUGUCAGGUUAAGAGUAGAGUUCAGUUUUGGUUUUUCAGGUCUUUGACUUAUACCUUUGAUUAGAAAAUCUUCUCUAUAUCCAAUUGUAUUUCAAGAUUUAGAUGUAAAGUCUCUCUUUUCACAGUCUGGCUCGUGCUUUCACAGUUUUGCUUGUGUAAGUUGGUGUAUUCAUUAGUCGAUUGGCCACGAAACACUUGCGGGCCCUUAGAUGCGUCUAUGUGCGAAACAUAUCUUGUGAAACAUGUACUCAAGAGGAGUGUAUUUUUUUAGCUUCAUAUAGAAACUACAUUGGCCAUAGAAUCCAGAAAACAAGCUUGUGAUUUCAUAUGGUCUACGAAUGCACCAUCUACUCAGGUAAACACUACACCCUCUCAACUAGGUCAUAGUAAUAGAAGCAGUAUGUGAACAUGAUUAGUGUUGCUUUCGUGUAAGCACCCUUUGGACGGUACUAACAUUAAAAUACGGAGCUUAAGAAACAGCGUUUUUGAGGGACGGACGUCAAGCGGAAGUAGACUUUUUGCAUCAUUGGGCAGUGCAAGCAAUACAAAUUUGUUAGCGUCAAGGCAUAUAAAAAGGGGGAGCGCCUCACUUCCGGUUGACGUGUGUCGCUUAAAAACGUCUUUGCUGAAGCUCCCUAAUGUACCUAGGGGAGGUCCAGACUCUUCCUUUUUACAAUAAAAACCCGCGAGUAAGAACCUGGUUUUUAAGAACCUGUCAGACUAAAAUUUACCAGUUAGGCCCCCACUAUACAAGAACCUGUUUCGCCUGAAAUUUGAAACAGGAUCUUAUUUUCUAUAAUCUAUAAAAAAAAAUUCUUCUACUCUAAAUUUUGUGGAACCCCCGCACAUUUUUGCUCCAAGCAUAUGCCCCGCUAUGGAUGCGCAUGAACAUGUUGUGUGAGAAACGUAUCGUGAAAAAUAACGUGAAAUUUGUGAGCUACGAGCGAGCCUAUCUUGGGCGUCAUUUUUGCCAGUUGUUAAAUUUCCAUGUGAGAUUGCGCCAAAUGUCGCCGGCGAUAAACACGCGAAGAAAUGUUUUGCUUGCAAUGGCUCAGACGCGCAAGGAAAUUCCACUGCUGUAAUAUCACGUUCACGAAUUUAAGGAGUGGACACACCUCUUCGAAUACAAUUCUGCGCCAUAUUUUGGAGCCUUUUGGUUUAAGUUAUUUUGACAUUUUCCUGUGUUCCAUACAUUAAGGAAUAUUUCUUAUUACAUUUCCCAUCGUACUGCUAAAUGAGCUAAAGGUGCGUGGAAAUGAAUAAUAACUACAUGUACGACAGUUGCACCGAUAAACUAAACACUAAUUCGCGAGGCAAGUGCAAUACAAAUUUUAAAUGAUUUUAGACAUUCCUAAAUAUAAUAUAAUGCGCAACCGAGUUUUAAAACUAAAGGAUGAUUGAAGGGGUGUUCGUUGUUUGUGUUUGUGGUUGGCUCACUAGUAAGAGAAAUUUGAUGACUGUUACAGAAAGUCAAAUUUACCGUGUGAUGUUUGUACAAAAAAAUAGUUUUAAAAAUAACCUUUUCUCCUUUUCACGCGCGUUGCUAGUAUACGCAAAACCAAAAUUUUCGAAAGAGAAUGGUUUACUGAACUGAUGGCCCUUGUAUUUUGUAGGCGUUUGCUUUAGGUGGUGAUCAUAUCAUUGGUGGACGUUGUGCUAAAUGCAUUGCCUCUGUGAGAGAACCAACAAACUAUUUCUCCUCCAACUCUCAAGAUGAUAUACGGUAAGGACUAGAAAUAAUCAUGGAUUUAAAAAAUAAUGAUGACGAAGAGGGUGAUUUUAGCAAUUGCGAUGGUGAAGCUUGCGUCCGGGCGGGGGGAAGCCACUUUGAUUAAGUGAAAUCAAAACGAUGUUCUCACAACUUGCAACGCGAUGGAUGAUAUUAUUUUUUUCAAUUAUUGAAUUACUUCCUCUACUGGUUCGCUUCUUGCCUCUGAAAUAUUUACUUUGUGAAAAAUACACUGCGCAUAUCCGCUGACCAUUUCGCAAGGUGACCGCUUUGCAAGUUGUGAGAACAUCGUUUCUCGGUCCCAGACCUCGUCUGCCUUCCUUCCCCCCUGGUUUGCAUGCAUUUAUGAACGCUCAUAAAAUCUGGAGGAAAACCCUUGGGGAAUGCGGAGUUAAACAUAAAAUCGUUAAAUAAUGCGUUAAUAACAGGGUCUUAGGCUCCUCGUUAAUAAACGUUUUCCUAAACAACAUGUUUUAAAGCGUUUUAAGGCGGCAAAGCAAUGGUAGUGGAAAGAAAUGCACAUUCCAGGUUCAGAUACAGGGUAAGAGAAAGCAGUUAUUGGCCUCACCACUGUGCCCUGCCACUUGCGCUUUGUGUUAAAUUUUGUAUUAUUUAAUCCACAAUGAUAAUUUAUAAAUCCUUUGCUGAUUUGUUCAUUAAGUCUCUACAUUCAAUGUCAGGACGAUAAAUGAAGAAAUAUCUGAAAGCAGAACUGAACUUGAAUGUCUCGUGGAUCGUUGGAAAUCACUAGAGAAAACACUCAAACAAAAGAUUGUGAGUACCUUGAUUAGUCAUGAUGUUACGUUGCUGGCAGAUAACGACUAGCUGAUUACUGCAUUACUUGAAAACUGCUUAAGUACCGAACUUACAAUAUUUUGCUUUACUUUCAGAAUGAGUUGCAAGAAAGCAACAAGGCAAAAAAGAAAAUGCAGAGCUCCAUAGCAAGUCUUCAAGUGGUUUGUACUGUUAUGUGUAACAGUGUUGUACUCUGCCAUUUUCCCCCUUUGCUGAUUGAUGUCUUGUUUUAGUUUAUGAUGAUGGUUCAUAAAGUGUUGUGCAAUAAAGCCUAAGUUAAAAAUCUUGCGUGGGCUUUACAACUUCCUAAAUGGAGUUUAUGUGCGUUGACUAGAGUGAUGAGUUUGCAAAGAAUUGGUGUCUUUUUGGAUUUGCGCCUUGAUAUUUAUCUUAAGUCACAUCAAGAAAUGCCUCCGCUAAAGCUGCCAUUUUUCAUUUGUGGACUUCGCCUCACUUUAAUGCACUGAAUCAUGAAAACGAGUCUACCGGAAGUCAACCAGUUUACCGGAAACUGAGUUUUUUUUAGACGAUUGCUCUUCCUAUCAUUGCGUAGCGGCAGCCUUUUGAAGUUCUGUUCUCCAAAUAUUUUUAUUUAGGGUUUAAAAAAUCGCAGGUUUUUGUGGUGUUUUUCUCUUAAGUAUUGCACAGAACACUAUUUUAAUACGCGAUGUGUCAUUGUAUGUGUCUAUAUGGUAUUUCCCGUGGGUCAUGCAAAAUGCCAAAUGGUAGCAGUAGCUUAGAAUGGUGUCCCACCUGCUUCAGCUACCCCGGUUUCCAACAUUUCCUAUUUCUAAUUUAAUCUGGAGUGGUAGAGGAGGAGCCAGUUUUCUAUGUAUUACUGAUUAAUUGUUAGUUUUUUGUGUUAACUUGGCUAUUUAUCCAUUUAUUUUACUGGGCACCAGGAAAUUAGUGAGCUGAAUGAAAGCUUUGAAGAAGAGGUUUCGCCUGACAUCUCAGUUUUGGUAUGUAGAACUUUACAGCAAUUAACACUCCCUACUAUCAGUUCAGAAAAAGCACACUUAAGUUGUCUGAUCAUGCUAAAAGGUUAAGUAACAUCUCAAGUUAUGCCAAGGGGCAGCCAAGAAAUCUUACUGAAAAUAUAAUUGUGAGUUUCUUCAAUUAUUUCUGAGUAGGGUGUCAAACCUUGAAAUACAACUUAACGCUUUGAGGCUUGGCUACAGAUUCCUGAUGCUUGGCUAAAUUUACUUUCCAGAACUUUCUCGUCAUGUUGUUUCCUUAGAUAAACGAUUUCGUCACCAACUGAGACAAAGAAAAUGCAUUAGUUAACCUAAAGUUGGAGUAAUAUCUCAGCCUGCGGGAAGAAAUUGAUACCCCAAGCUCGGCACUUCACAUGCACAGUAGAUAAACCAGCAUCAACCAUUUAGCCACAUUGAAAUCUGUAAAGCUAAUCUAAGUACAUUAAAAGUAACUUUGCAACACAUAGACGCAACACCGAUAGAACCCAAAACAGAGCGUGGUUGUAUCUGUUGUGGUUCAAUUUUAUCCUUGGUUUAAAUUUUAUUUCCCUUUUUUAAAAACUCAUUAUCAAACACUAUCAUACCCAAGAACAAAGGGAAAUAAAAUUUAAACCAAGGAUAAAUUUAAACCACAACAUAUCCAUCGACAGCAGCUUUAUUUCAUCAACCGUUGAUCCUGUGGUCCCGUGGACCGGGUCACACUCCUAGUCUGUUCAAGGUGGAAGACAGAAAAACAGUAGUACUUCUAGUCACUUCGUAGCAUAUAAAUGACAGACAUGUUUCAUUUAGUGAUCGUUCGAUACAUUUCUUUUUAUCUAUUCGUACUCAUAAGUAUUACGCUGUGUGGUAUUUAAAUUUUUGUUUUUAUGUUUUUAGGAAACUGACUUGGAGUUGUAUGCUCAGCGGCUUGAGGACUGUACUCAGCAGGUAUAAAAAUAGGCGUAUAUGUGUCUGUUGGGUUUAUUUUGUAAUGCUAACUUCUUCAUAACCAAAAGACCAAAACAUAAAAAUUUAUCUAUGAGCAAAUUGAGUAGUUAUAAAUGGCCCUUAUUCAUGUUUACGCUUGAACAUAAAAUUCCAGAACCAAGUCUCGCUUGUGAACUUACUUCUUUGCACCUGCACUCUUUCUGAAUGGAUCUUCUUUAUUCUCAACUGCCUUGUGAAGUUAUUUAAAAACAACUUUCAUAAUCUAAGAAUUAAGUUUGUAGUGGUAUGUUUAUGACUUAAUGAUUGCGCUUUCUUUCAGAGCCAAACUGCAGAAGAAGAACUGGCUCAGGCUUCUACAGCUUUUCAAAAACAACAAGAGAUAAAUACCCAGCACACACAGAAAGUGUCCGUCGUAUUCGAGAAAGCAGAUUCCCUUAAGGUAAUCUUUUCUUUUUCUCUCAUUUUUUUUUGGUGUCUGAGAGCUAUAUCUACAUUUAUAAGUACGCGUGAAACUCCUUCGGGUACUUUCAUUAUGCUGGUGAAGCGAACUCAAAAAAGUACUGCAGUCGAUGAGAACCUGUGAAAUGUCCGUGUUAAUAGAAUACAUGUAGCAUGAUAGGUUCUAAUAUCUCAUUUUUUGCUGUCGUUUAUGGGUUUCUAUGAUUACACAAGGAGUCUUUAGAAUUGAUGUCUUAAUAAAAAUGUAUUUGUUUUUGUUCAGGAGGAGCUGACAUCAUUAAAUCUAAUUAUGGACCAGGAAAGAAUGAGAAAGAAUCAUCAUGAAAAAGAGCGGAGGAAAUUCGAGCGGAAAAUUGCUGAGAAUGAGAAAGAGCAAGAUCGCCUGGUUAAGUUAGCAGAGGUAAAGUACUUGGCCUCUCAAUGUUACUGAGUUGUUUCCAGGUUUUAGUUUCAUCAAAACUAACAACUGGCUUUAGAGAGAAGUGAGGAACUGACCCACCUACCCCACCCCUAAACCACGGUUUACACUAACUUGAGCAAGAUGUUGAGUUAAGGGAGGGAUAGGUGCAUUUUCCUAGCCCUGACUUUGCUGCGUUUCAUGCAACUGGGGCCGGACCUUUUGUUUGUCAUGGACCGUUGGGUUCGUCACGAGUUCCUUCCCCAGGAGUGUCUGCUGAAGCGAGCGGUUGAAUUCAUUCCCAUUGUUCGCAAAUAUCAGCUGGAGCUCACGUGCCCUAAUCGGACAACCAAUCGACGGUGUUGAAGUCAACGUGUUGACAAGCCAAACACGACGUACAAGCUCGGUAGAGUGUGAUACUAACCUGCGAUCAGGCGUUUUCUUUUUUUUCGGGUCCGAAAGCAAAUUUUGAAAUCAAAACCUGUUGAAUAGUAGCACAGUUCCUAGCUCACAAACCGUUCAAUUUUGCUUUGUUAACUGAUACUUUCAUCGUAUCAUUUUCAAAAUUUUUGAAACUGUGAUCUUGAAUGUAAAUACGGCAAACAUAAAACAGCUUUUCGGGCCCGAAAAUUUAUCGGGACUUUCGUGAAACGGGUCCCUGGGCCGUUGCUGUUCAUACUGUAUCUGAUAGCUUUUCGUGCCUAUUCUUGGUUUGCAAUCACGUGACAAGGUGGCCAUGUUGGUGGUCAAUACAAUAGAAUUCUUUCUCGAAAUUAGAGUUUAGAGACGGACCAUUAGAAAACUUAUUGAGGGUGGGGGAAAGGGGGCGGGCGCAGGCGAAGUACAAAAAAAGUAUUCGCGCAGGGGAAAAUUAAGUGAAAAACAUUCUUGCAUGCCAAUUAAUCCUAAAAAAUAUUCAUGCUAUGGCCUAAACCAAAGGAGAGAAAAGCUUUUGUUCUUGACCACCAACGUGGCCGCCCUGACGUCACGUGCAAACCAGCAGUCCGUUAAAGUGUUGACAUUGCCAGAGUUCGUUUCUAUGCAUUUUAAUUUAGAUUAAAGGAGCUGUGUCACGAAAUUCAGCCAAAUUAGGUAAUUACAAAAUGCCCGUUAAAUCCAAGAGACACAUAAAAAUAACCGCUUAAAACAUUAAACGAAGGUUAAAAAAACACAACAGAUACAAGAGAUGCCAUGGAUGAGCAAAACUGAAGAAGAUCGAAACGGGAUAAAAUUAGGGUUUUUGAAAACUGUCCAGCCUAACAGUUUUUAAAAGUUUAUCUCUGCUGUUUGCAACUUCAAAAAUAAUGCUCAGGAGACAUAUUUGUUUGUCUCGAAUCUCUGACUUUGUCAUUUACAUGUAAUUUCUUUGCUUACUUUAAGUUCCAUAGCGAUUGAGGGCGAGUAAUUGGCAAAAUUAAACAAAAUGAACUGGACUGCCGUGACACAGCCCCUUUAAGUUACGUUGUGGUUUUUGUCAUUUACAAUCCUCGUAUCACUUUGCGAACCCGAACGUUCCAUUGUCAGACUAUUGCAAUCUACGGGAAGUUACUGUAAUUAACAUUCAAGAUGUAAUUCAUUGAAUAUUUGUUCAUUUCGAACUUUUCAGCAAAAAGCUGACGUGGCAAGUAAACAUUUUCCAAGAGUGGAAACUACCAGAAGUGUGACAGACCUCGAAACAGAAAUUUUAAAAAAGCAGAAAUAUAUUGAAGAGGAGGAACGAAAGUAAGUAAUUCAGUUGGCUAAGCCGAGAAUAGGUCUUCCACCCUUUGGGUAAAAAUGGUUAGGCUGAUUUAAAGAAUGACCCUGGAGAGUAACAGUGCGUUAGUAUUUCAGAUUUUUCUUUUUUUGUUUUCGCGUAGUGGCAGUUAAUCUUCUACAUAGAUGCACCUUGUUCUGCACUUUUAACCUUUACGUCCCAGGAGUGACCAACAUCAAUUUUCUCCCAACAACAUCUAUACAUUAUAGAGAGAAAAGGUUAUGAGAACUACUGAAAUGAAAAGAGAAAGCAAAAUUUUGAUCCUUAAACAAAUUCUUUCAACUUUUUUCUAAGGAAAUGCAUAAGACUGGAGCAUUUGUAUGUGGAUAUAUUAGGGCUUAAAGGGUUAAUGCUAUUCAACCAAUUAAACUCUCUUCGCUUGAGACUUCUCUGAUCCCACUCGACAAAUCCUUCACUGUUCUGAUUGGCGGAGGGCUUUUGCGGCAAAAGGUGAAUCCAACAAUAAUUAGAAAAUUUAACACGCGGCGACCCAGGACAGAAUUAAGAAGGUAGUGUGAAGCCAUCGGUGUAGUUUCUUGCCACUGUGUCUUGGAUGUUAUCACGCAUGGACAGUCUUUUUAUGGCUGUAUAUUUUGUUUGUUUCAGUGUUCUUAGUCUGUUUGGAUCUAGGGUAACUAAUGUUCAAACUUGCCUACUUUCACUCUUUGGCUCUGUGUGUAGCGGGUACAUAUUUUCCGCCCUUGGCAGCGGUUACGUUUGUCCCUCCUUCGAUGUAUUUGUAGCGGUUACAUAUUUUCCCGCGCUUGACAGUGGCUACAUGUGAAAACGAGCCAGAAUAGAGAGGAGAAGUCGUUACGUCAUGUUGCCAUGGUAGUUAAAUUUCUGGAUGACAACGAACAAAAACGUCACUUAAAAAGUGAAUUCACACUAUUUCAAAAUUCAUCGAUCUUAUUCAAUUUCUUUUAAUUUCUGAAAUGUUGGCAAAAUUUUCUGGGGUUGAAUCCGAAAGGAUCGUAUCUAAUUUGUGUUCGUAUCGAAUUUGUGUUCAUCUACUCCAUAAAGGGGCGCGUGAAAUUAGAAGUUUGAUGUCGCAGUCGUGCAACGACGGCUAAGAAAUGUACAAAAAAGCGUGAUGCACGUGCAAAAUUAUUGUUUUUGCUAAUCUAAACCUAUUGCUUUUUUGCCAUUCUCGUUGCCGUCGCCAUCGCCUUUGCUUAAGUUCCCUAUUGUUGUGGUCCAGAAAUUUUGGUACCAUGGUAACGUGACGUCAUACUUCUACUCUCUAUUGAUUUCUUUUGUUUUAUACAUUUGCAGUCGUGGAAGUGCGGAGAAGAUUACGAAAGAAUUUAUAGAAAUUUGUGACCGAUAUUCAGAGAUCGUAAAGAACACGAAGAAUAUACAGAAAUUACAUAAGGUAAGCAUAAGUGGAACUUUUUGGAGCCGUUACCAAAAGAUGUCAAAUGCGCAUCCAAUAUUUUAAAAACCACUGUACGUCUCAGAACCAUCCAAAGGUGAACCUUUACUGAAAGUUUAACGUACAAUACCUGGCCUCACGGGCUUCUCUCCCAAACGUUAUCCGGACUUGGUAAAAACGGGCGCAAAGAGAACAACUUGAACGUAUUAUCAAACCAUUUAAGAAUUGUUGAUGUUUUUUUUCUUCUAGUGUUUAAAAAAUCAAAUGGAAAAGAGGAUGAAAUAUCUUAAAGAGAAAAGAAAAAUAUUAGCUUCACAUACUUCUCAGUUCUUUACUCGACAUUUGAGCCAACGAGGUUUUAGUGGAUAUGUAUCCUUUGAUCACAAUGAUGAGACUCUGGAACUCAUAGUAAGUAUAACGAACCUAUCGUGCGGUGUGAAAUUAGGAACAACAUGUCGGAGGAAAAUUGUCUCUGGGUGCAGGUGCGUUCGAUUGCAAAAUCUGGAUUUCCGAUUUUAAAAUCCGGAUUUCAAAUGUGCAAAACAGCGCAACAUCCGAAAACGGAUUUUAACGCCGAGAAAUCUGUCCCUGGUUUUCCUUUCUUUCAGUUUUUUGGCCGGAAAUCCUAAAAAAGUUUUGAAAACUGUUCUCAAGAACAUCGGUCUUGCACGCGCACGCAUAAUUACCCAAAGAGGACACUGUUCACGAGAGCAGCGUUGUAAAUCCUUUUUUUUGGAUUUACCGACGAAACGGUAAAGAAGGAAAUACGUGAAACCUGGACUGGAAUUUCUUAACUGAAAUCCACCUAGAGAACACAUUUCUCGAUGUUGAAGUCCGUUUUUCGCCGGAUUUCGCGUUUAUUGCAAAAUCCGAAAUCGGGAUUGAAAAUGUAAAUCCAGAUUUCCCAAUCGAACGCAUUCUCUUUUCCCGCUGUAAUCAAGCCUUCAUUGAGGACACUAAUUUACGUCUUCUACUGGAGACGGCGCCACCAUCUCUGCAGUUAAGAGCUCUACCAACUGAGCUAGUCCUGCCUUAGCCUGCCGGCGGGGCAACUUGUGCGAGUUCGGGGGAAAAUUUUGGCAGCGCCGCCAGUGGGCCGAGGAUGGAUGGAUGACGCUGGCUCCGCCGCCAAAAUAAUUUUCCCCGAAUUCGCACGAGUGAGCCUGCUCACAGGCUAGUCCUGCCGUAUUCCUGAGGCGGUUUUCAAUACUAGUUUGCAAUAUCUCCAGCAUGAUACAGAUUAAAAGGUAUAUGGUUGACUGUUGCAGAUUAUAACAUUACUGGUGCAAGAAAUAAUAGCUUUGCGAAAAAAGGGGCCCUGAUUUGUUACUAUAUGGUUGAUUUUGUUUAUUUUGUAAGUCAGAACAAAAAUCAGGGAAACGCAACAGCCAAAGUUGAUUUCUAGGUAUUAUUUGAGACAAAAGGGACCUUGAGAUCUGAGGACGGCGACGGUAGCGAAAACGUUGCUUAAAAAGUGAAUUUGCGUUUUUAAAUCUUCAUCGCGAUUAUUCCGAUUCACUUAUUUUGUCAAAUGUAGGCGAACUCUCCUUUGAGUUAAAUUCCUAAGAACUGUAUCCAAGUUGAGGAAAAGAAAGAAAAUUUGGCUUUGGCUCGUUUACGUCCUCCAAACUAGUCAUUUUCACGUCGUAGUCGUUCGGCGACGGCAAAGAAAUUUACAGAAAGUGUGCUGUACGCGCAGAGUUGCUGUGUUGCGUGUUAAACAUAUUGCCUUUUUGACGUUCUAUCUGAGGUCGCCGUCGACGGUUCUUUUGAAGAAACGGAAAGCUGACAGGUUAUUAUAAUUCUUUUAUUUUUCUUUGCCAGGUUAAUGUGCACAAAGGUCCAAAUCACGUUCAUGGAGGCGUGGACGAGAGCACAAGAGUGAUGAAGUCUUUGUCAGGCGGGGAAAGAUCUGUCUCGACCAUAUGUUUUCUGACUGCCCUUUGGGGUACUAUGGAGUCUCCAUUCAGAUGCCUUGACGAGUUUGAUGUUUUUAUGGUAUGUGAAAAAAUACAUCUUAACCGGUUUCAAGAUGCACAUGGUUAAAAACUAACACAAAACAUAUUUCAUACACUAUCAAACGAAGUAUAGGCUCUUGUCUAGUCAAUAUUCACCUGACGCAUUUUGGAUUACGUUGGGUACCCAUGAUGCAGGAAAAAAAUUCUGAUUCAACAGAGAUAAACAAGAGCCAACCCGCCAUGCUUUCCUUUGAACACGGGUAACAUCCGGGGACUUUUAUUUCCAUUUUAAGAACUUAGCACUGGAAACCCACUCUUAACAAAGCAUUCACUGUCGUCAAUACACGCAGCAAUCUAACCUUAGCUUUGGUGAUUUGCAGGAUCUUUAUAAUAGAAAGGUUAUAAUGAAAAUGGUGUUGGAGCUAGCGGCGUUACCAGAGGAGAAACAUCGACAAUUCAUUUUUCUGACUCCUCAAGACAUGAGGUAAGUCUUCAUUAUUGAGAUACGGGGUACUUUGACUUGCCACUUACACAAUAAGCUCGGUUAAACAUUUUUCUCAUUAACAUUCUUCUUGACCCACGUCCAGAGUCUUUUAAGAAUUCUGCACUCAAACGACAAAUAUACUUUCCAUAGCUUGAAAAGUGGAAAGGUGUAAACCAUUUGAGUUAUUUCUUAAUCGCAAUAUCCUGUUAUGCGAUUCAAUAUAGUACAUCCAGUCACCUUAUUUGCUCUUGAACAUUCGUAUAACCCGACGCCAAACUUCAAAUGGUUGGCAGCAAAACGGUUCACAACGUGUCUUGUUUGCACCCAAUUAGAACAUGUUUUUUCGUCACAGCAUCAACACGCUUACAUGCAAUCGAUCGUUAUGAUGCAGAAGGAACAUACUAAUUAUUUUUCCCUAUUAGUUAUUUGCCCAUAGAUAGAUCCGUGGUAAGAAUUUUCAAGCUUGAUGAUCCUGACAGAUGA